AUUUUAUCACGCGAUAUUUAUUCCCAUCGUGUUGCCGUGCCGCCUCCGAGAACAUGACCUCGAGAUCGCUGAGCGUACUAGGCGAUGACGGGGCUGGGAAGAAAACUCUUCUCGGCUGCCUGAUUUAUAUGUGCGGGCUUGGGCUGUCACAAUUGCAGGAACUUGAACAGAAAGGAAUUCGAUAUGGAGACAUUGUGAUAUUCCUUGAGAAGAGAGGGCAUCCUCAAUCGUUUUAUGCUCCAUCGGGCCUCUUUAGAGUUGAGGAUAGUCAGACGCCUGACAUUGCCAUUUGGGUUGUUGAUGGCUCAGAUUCAUUGAUCUGGGCCGCAUCGGCGAAGAAACUGGCAGCUCUACUGUCAAGUGGUGAGCUUCAACCACGAGAGAAGCUGAUCAUUGCGGUUAACAAAAUUGACUCGGUCAGCUGGUCUGAGAAGACAUUCAACGAUGCAGUUCAGGUGUUCAGCGCUCUCAACUUAAAUGACCGUACAUUCAUCAUUCCAGUUUCCGCUUCCAAAGGGCAGAAUGUACUUCCAGACUCAAAGGGGCCUUCAUGGGCGGCCUGUAUAUCUCCCCAACAAUUCGGGGGCUCUAAAAUGGUAUCAGGUGAUCGCUUGACGAGUCUACUUGGAUGAAUAUAGCAUUAUCAUCCUUUGGUCUAUUCCAAGUCCUUCCAUGGCAGUAUUUUUAGAAUGAGACGACCUGGUCCUUCCAUGACCAUAAAAGAAUAUGAAGCGGUCUGACUCUA